AUGCAACCAAAAAGAAUUUUAAAUUUUGCAAAAAAUAUUGACAACUUUGAAACGGUUGAUUUAAAUGAUAAGGAAGUGAAAAAAAUUAUUAAUGAUGAAACAUUAAAUAUAUAUAAUAUAUUUAGUUCUUUAUAUCACACUACUUUAGAUAAUCAGGAUAUUAAUGUUGAUAAUAAUUUCUCUAACAGUUUAAAAUAUAGUGAAGCAAAAUUGACAAACACGUGUUUAUAUUGCGCAAGAGAACAUGAAGAUAAAAAUUGCCCUUUUGUUAUUUGUAAAAAGUGUGGAGAAAUAGGACAUCUUAAUAAAUUUUGUACUAAUUCUUUUACAUUGAAAAAAUCUACGCUUUGUAAAAAAUGUAAAUUUUCUACACAUUCUGAAUUUGACUGUCCCGCAAUUUAUAGAAGGUAUAAAUUUGUAAGAGAUGUAAAAAAAACGUGCGGCAAUUGUGCUGGCGAUCAUUUUUGUAAUGACUGCACUACAUCUCUAGAUAUUAGUAAAUUUUCUAUAUUUAGUGAAAAAUAUUACAAUUUUAUAAAAAAAUAUUCUCGCAAAAGAUAA